AUGACGAUUCACGGUGGCGGGGGAGUUCGCGGCGAGAGGAUUCAUACAGUACAGCCGGAGAGAGAUUUGGUGGCGAAUUGGGAAGUUGAUUUGUCGGAAAAGCUAGAAGAGUACCUCCUCAAAAUAUGCUCCGGUGAAAUUACCGGAAACGAAGAAGAUGGGCAGAUUCCAGUUAAUUUCGCCGAAGCUGCUUUGCUGCUUCAGGGUUCGGUCCAGGUUUAUAGCAAGAAAGUAGAGUACUUGUACAAUCUGGUCUUACGUACAUUGGAGUUUCUAUCCAAGCAAAGAGACCAAGAACAGACAAAAAGGACAUCAAACGAGGCUGAGGAAAGCUCCUCCCGUGAGGUUGAUGAAGAAGAAAAUGAUAUCUUCUGGAAUGUAGAUGACAUCCCAGUGGACGCAAAGAAUAGCUUAGACGACUCUGUUGGCGGAGACUCCUGUCCAAGUCAGUUCGUCAAGCCUCCGGCAAACCUAGUUGUUCUUGAAGGUGACUGCUUGGAUACUAGUGGUGACGGAGGAGAACUGGAAUCAUAUCUGUUAGCAACUACACAUCUCUACAGGGAUUUUAUUCUAUUAGACCCAUGUGAUGCUGUAGCUGUGAAUGAGUUUUUAGGCGAUAACAAUGCCGGUAAAGGAAAGAACAGUUCUCGCAGAAGCAGCUCAAUUCGUAAAGGCUUCCACUCACCAGUAGGACGUUCUGGAGGAAGUGCUCGUAGAUCAUCUUUAUCUUUGGGAAAGAAUCAGGGCACCAGUUUCAUCUUGUCCCCAAUAUACGGGGAUGGUCCAGAUGUUCAAAACUGUGACCAAGGGUCUCAGCCUCCUCCUGUCUUUGGAGAGGAUGAUCAUGGUUUCGACAUGGAUAAUGACCAUGGAGGAGCCAUGGAUUUGAGUGAUACAGAUGCUGAUGAAGAUGAUCCAUGGAAGCCAUUGAAUCCCUAUGAGCCAGGGAAGUUGAAAGUGAAGCCUUUCAAAAAAGUAAAAACUUCCAGAAAGAAUCGAGGAAGCCUUGCCAAGGACCCUUUGACUUCCAUGUUUCCUCUUGCUAGAUCCAGCGGUCCCAUCAGUACUGAGCUCAGCGGAAUUUGGGAGAAGUGCCGUGACGCUGGUAAAGACGAGAGAGAACAACAAGACAUUCCUUAUUACGAGAAGCUCCGAGCGUCGCUCCUGAAUGGAGGAAACCUACCUUCUGAUGCUAACGGCAAUAAGGAUAACCAUGAUGAAGCUAAUAAUGGUGACUUCCAUGAUUUUGGGGAGCAUGAUGGUGAUGAUCAUGAUCACGCGUUCAUGGAUGAAGAUGGUCUCGAUAUGAAUGACGGUGGAGCUGCAGAGUUUCACAACCAGGAUGAAUUUGGAAAUGAGGAAGCGCAUUGUCAAGAAAGCUUGGAAGAUCUUUGCCGCUCACACCUGGAUGCUCUUCUUGCUAACAUAGCUAAAAGUGAGAAGCAAACGGAUCUGGCUGCUCGGGUUUCAACAUGGAAACAUAAAAUCGAGCAAAACCUAGAAGAACAGGAGUUGCACCCUCCUUUUGACAUUCAAGAAUAUGGAGAAAGGAUUAUCAACAAACUGACUGUUGUAGAAAGUGAAAACGUUGAGACCUUCACCGAUCUCAUGAAAGACCAAGAAAAGCACGAUGUAGCCAGAGCUUUCUCCGCGCUUCUCCAGUUGGUGAACAAUGGAGACGUUGAUCUCGAGAAACCUGGGAACUCCAUAGGUGAACCAGUGUGUUAUACAGCGGUUAAUCCCUUCAGCGUUCGUUUGCUCGGUGAUCGGAACAGAAAGGCUGAGAAAAGAGGAAUGAAUCUAUCCCGGAAACGAGCUAAAUCCCCAGCAACCAAAGGCAAAUCUCAUGAGUCUCCACCGCCGAAGAAGCCAAACACAUGUUCUGUUUCAAGCCAGACUCGGAAGGUCUCGUUAAAGAUCUCAAAGAUCAACAGUCUCGGUGCGAGAUGCACACCGAACAGUAAGAAGAGACGAAAGGGUCGUUCUGAUGAGGUAGGCGAAGUGACAGGAGUUCCUUCAGUGAAAAAAUUGUAA